AUGGCCAUUAUUAAGUUGAAAUCAUCAGACGGAGAGUACUUUGAAACCGAUGUUCAAGUGGCCAAGUGCUCAGGCACCAUCAAAACCAUGUUGGAAGAUUGUGGGCUGGACGAUGAAGGCGAAGAAGGCGUUGUACCGUUGCCCAAAGUAAACUCCAACAUUUUAAAACGCGUUCUGCAAUGGGCCAACCACCACAAGGACGAUCCAAUUCCAACCGACGAUGAUAAAACGAAAGAAAAAGGCACCGACGACAUUUCACCGUGGGACGCUGAUUUUCUAAAUGUCGACCAAAGCACUUUGUUCCAGAUCAUUGAGGCCGCCAACUACUUGGACACCAAAGGAUUGAUGAAUGCUGCGUGCAAAACGGUUGCAAACAUGAUAAAAGGCAAAACACCCAAGGGAAUCCAGGAGAAAUUCGACAUUGGGAACGACCGUACCCCGGAAGAAGAGGAAAAGAUUCGCCUGGAAGACGAAUGGUGUGAAGAAAAAUAA